AGAAACCCUCGUUUUGCAGCAGCGAAAGCAAAAGUAGAGAGAGAGAGAGAGAGAGGCGAAAGUAGAGAGAGAAACCAGGGGGCAACCAUGGGUCAAGGAUCACCAGGGGGCAUGAACAAGCAGGGAUUACCGGGAGAGAGAAAACACGAUGACAAGAAAGAGAAGAAGUUCGAACCAGCAGCUCCUCCUUCUCGAGUGGGGCGCAAACAACGCAAGCAAAAGGGCCCUGAAGCGGCAGCCCGAUUGCCCACUGUGACGCCGUUAACGAAGUGUAAGCUUCGUCUCCUGAAACUCGAGAGAAUAAAGGAUUACCUUUUAAUGGAGGAGGAAUUUGUUAGUGGUCAAGAGAGGUUGAAACCUCAAGAGGACAAAAAUGAAGAGGAUAGAUCGAAGGUUGAUGAUCUCAGAGGAUCUCCCAUGAGUGUUGGUAACCUCGAGGAGUUGAUUGAUGAGAACCACGCCAUUGUUUCUUCAUCGGUUGGGCCUGAGUAUUAUGUGGGGAUACUUUCCUUUGUUGACAAGGAUCAGCUUGAGCCUGGGUGUGCGAUUCUUAUGCAUAACAAGGUUCUAUCUGUUGUCGGGCUUUUGCAAGAUGAAGUUGAUCCUAUGGUGUCCGUCAUGAAAGUGGAGAAGGCACCAUUGGAAUCGUAUGCUGACAUUGGGGGGUUAGAUGCCCAGAUACAAGAAAUCAAAGAAGCGGUAGAACUACCUCUUACACAUCCAGAAUUGUACGAAGAUAUUGGUAUCAAGCCUCCCAAAGGAGUCAUACUGUAUGGGGAGCCUGGAACUGGGAAGACACUACUUGCCAAGGCAGUGGCUAAUUCAACAUCAGCAACCUUCUUGAGGGUUGUUGGAAGUGAACUCAUACAGAAGUACUUGGGAGAUGGUCCAAAACUAGUAAGGGAGCUCUUUAGGGUUGCUGAUGAUCUUUCUCCAUCAAUCGUCUUUAUUGAUGAAAUAGAUGCUGUUGGUACUAAAAGAUAUGAUGCUCAUUCGGGUGGUGAGCGUGAAAUCCAAAGAACUAUGCUAGAGCUACUAAACCAGUUGGAUGGCUUUGAUUCAAGAGGAGAUGUUAAGGUUAUUCUCGCUACAAACAGAAUUGAGAGCCUUGAUCCAGCUUUGCUUCGACCUGGGAGAAUUGAUAGAAAAAUUGAAUUUCCACUCCCUGAUAUAAAAACAAGGAGGCGAAUUUUUCAGAUACACACAUCAAGGAUGACGUUAGCAGAUGAUGUCAACUUGGAGGAAUUUGUAAUGACCAAGGAUGAAUUUUCGGGGGCUGAUAUCAAGGCCAUCUGUACUGAGGCUGGUCUGCUUGCCCUUAGGGAACGUCGUAUGAAGGUAACACAUGCAGAUUUUAAGAAAGCUAAGGAGAAGGUUAUGUUCAAGAAGAAAGAAGGUGUACCUGAGGGACUUUAUAUGUAACGAUUUUAUGUGCACCAACUUGGGCAUAUACUUGUUUUAGAUCUCCUCUCGAUCUUUCGUGACCCUAUUUCAUCUGUGAUGUCAAAAAUAGAUGGUGUUUUUGGAUAUGGUUUUUUGUCUAUCCAUUAUUAUUCAUAUGCUUUUCAAUAGUUUAUAGAAUGACACGGGCUGAACUGACAGUCUUGUGCUAAAUAUGUUUUAUUUUUGAGAA